AAAUAUCGUAAAAACAAAAAAUUAAUAAUGUUUAAAGUACUAUUCAUUAGUAGUCUGUUGACAUUGUUAAGUUUCAUUAAUUUCAGUGAAAGUUUAUUUAAAUGUAAAAAUCUUGGAGAAGUAUGUCAUAAAACACUAUUUGAUCGUUGUUGCGGUAAUACUGUCUGUAAAUUAAAUGGUCUCAAAGGAAAAUGUGUACGUUGUUUAAACGCUGGUGAUAGAUGUUUCAAAAAUUCUGAAUGUUGCAAAGGCAAAUGUAGUGGACUGAAAUGUCAACAUUAAAUGAAUUUGUUUUGGUA